AUGCAGAUCCAAGAGCUCGCGGCGAUCCUCGGCCAGCCCGCCGUCGGCGUUACCAAGCUAACGUUACUGCUCCUCUAUCUGAGAUUAUUCUCGCAGAACACUCCAGUGAAAUGGGGAAUCUGGAUAGGAAUGGUUGCAUGUUUUGCGUUCUAUACAUGCAGCAUGUUCAUCCUUACCUUCAGACUGACUGAGUCCGGCGUCAAAACGGCCUAUGCCGUCACGGUGUUUGGGGUCGUCACGGAUCUGUACCUAAUCUGUCUGCCGCUGAGUGUUGUGGCGAGGCUCCAUUUGAACCGCGCGAAGAAAUGGCGGGUUGCCGGGGUGUUUGCAACAGGUCUUCUGCCCGUUGUGAUGAGCAUCUUGGGUUGCAUAUUCCGAUUCGAGUUGGAGGUUCUGGAUUAUGCGCAUGAUAUGCUGCCCAUCUAUCUUGUCUGGUAUUGUCUUUGCGCCUCCGGUGUGUCACCGAGAUCAGACCGGCUACUAACGGCCUUCGCAGCGUGGUAG